AUGACAGCAAAGGACUUUGUACAAUGUAGAAAAAACGAUCCUAAUCUCGACGAAUGUCUAAAAGACGCAUUUCAAAGGGGUCUGCCUUAUUUGGGAAAAGGUAAGAAUAAACUCCAAAUACUAUAGUUUCUAGUUUUCUAUUAACACACGCAAAUAUUUUUUCUUGGUUCAUAUAUAUAUAUAUGACGAAUUCGAUAUUUAUUUGAAUUUAAAAUUAUAAUAUUAAAAUUUUUAACCAUCCCAAAUAUUUGGGAUGAAGGUGAGUAGAAAAAAAUAUUAAAAUUUAAAAAAUACGACUUGUGUUUAUAGGUAAUCCGAGUUUAGGUUUAAUGGAGUUAGAUUCGUAUGUAAUCCCGUUAAUAGAACUAGACCAAAAACUGGACCAGUAACCAUGGACAUUAGAUGUAGAAACCUAACCAUAGAAAACUUGAAAAUUACAAUAAUAGAUAAAGUUCAGUAAGUACAUAUCUGCAGUAGAUAUAUACAAAAUAUUUAGAUAUUUUAUUCGUGUAAUAUAUUACAUAAAUGUAAUUAUUUUAUAGCUAUGAUCCUGUAAAUUAUAAUCUUAGUGUUGAGUUACGAUUUCCGGCCCGUAUAAUAAUCACGGGAGAUUACGAAGGAAAUAGAAAAAUCGGCUCUCUUCCAGUUUCAGGAAACGGCAAAUUUAUAUUUGACUAUGGUAAUAAAAUUAAAAACUGUAAUACGUAUAUAGAUACAUACGUGCAUAAUAAUUAAUAAGUAUACUACAGAAAUUAAUUUUUGUUUAUAGAUAUACCGAAAAUGGUUUUUAAUAUACAAAUGAAACCAGUUUCCAAUAAAGUAAACAAGUUUUUUGAAGUUGAAAAUUUAAAAUUGACGAGUACUGUUAAACAUGUCCAUAUAACGAUGACUAAUUUGUUUAACGGAAACAAAGAUUUGGGUAUGUUAUACUUUAUAACUUUAUAAGUCGCUCAUAGGGAAAGAAUUUGGAUGGGGCUAUGAAGGACUUAACUUCCCUAAAAUGUAUAUUUUAUACUAUAAAUCAAUAUCUAAUAAGCUUCUGUCUACGAUCUAUAUUAAUAUAUAUUACUUCCUUUUAUUAAUAUAGACCCUUAAUUAAUAAAAGGAAGUGUGUCUGCCUGUUUGGCUAGGCGUGAUGUAGAACCGAGUUUAUUACAAAGUUUUUUUUUUAUUGUGAUGAACUUGGCAACGUGAGAGAAAAAAAUAGUUAUUAUUAGAUAAUUUGGUUGUCACAGGCAAUAGCUUUCAAAAUAAAUUGCCGGGCAACAACGCGUUUAUAACUUAUGAAAAACGGGAAAUUUAAAAGUAUUAACCAUUUCGUUACUUUCGAUUUUAUUUUAUUUUGUAAUUUAUACAUGCCAAUUUCAAAGAACAGGUACCUCGUUAGUCUUUUCUGGACAUAAUACAGUUUUCAAUACAUUCUAACGAUUUCGAGCUAUAAGCUAUAGACAUUUUAGUGCUGUAUGAUUAAAAUUGUUUGGCCAAAAGAAUGUUUACAGUUUAAUGAAAGGUUCAUUAUGGAUUUAACUUAGAAGUAUAAAAUGUUAAGCGUAAUACAGAAAUUUCCCCCUUUUUUUAAGAUUUUUUUAGUCAAAUGUUGACGUAAAUCCUAUGCUAUUUCAAAACAUGACGCAUCAACGAAGUACACUCUAAACCGUUUUUCGUAAACAAUUUUUUUUACGUACAGAUAUAAAUUAAAUAACUUAAUUUAUUCUACUUUUCUAACUUCUCAGUUCUCUCCUAAUACAGUAGUACACUCUUCCCGUGUAUCAGAUCUUUUUUACUAUUAUUAUUAUUAUUAUAUUACCACCACAAUUAUUUACACAUUUAUAAUAUUCGUUUUCUUCGCAUUUUCGAUCUAUUCUGUGGAUAUAAUUGUUAACUAUAAGUAAUUUAUAAUUUUUUUCCGACUUUAUUUUGUACCUUUCCAUAGUGGCUGGAAAAAUGAAAUAAAAAAUGUGUAUGUAACAUAUGUUGUAUGGUACUAUUCCUGCGCUCAAGUUAACGCAGUGAAAUAUUACUACAAACUAAAAUCAUAAUUUUUAUCUAAUAACCGCUGUUUUUGUUAUUGCUUUUUAUAUAAAUUAAAUGGUUCUUUUUUUGUCUUUCUUCACAUUUUAAAUGCUUUCUUUAUUGAAUAUAUUGCCUCCGAAUCUACUAAUAAAUAAUAAUCAAAAUAGUAUUCAAUUAUAUUGCAUAUAAUAUAUAUUCUGCCUUCUCCAAGAUCUGCGCACGCCUAUGCCUAUUAUUGAUCAAUGUCAAUAACCAUGUGUUAGGUUAGGAUAAAUUGCUAUUCCUAUAUUAUCAUCAUUAGCGAAUUGGGAGUCGGCAAACUGCGAACAAACCGGAUAUUUUAUACAUGGAUGUUCUAAUCGAUUACCUCUACAAUAGUAGAACACUAAUCAGCAGUAUUAAAUAUUUUUUUCAUUAAAGACCUAUAGUUAUUAUUCUUAUGAAAUUUUAUUUUACCAUAUACGAGUAAGUUAAAAAUUAACAUUAUACAAUAUUAAACUGCAAAUUAGGCAUUUAAUGAAUUUAUGCAUAAUUAUAUAUAUUUUAAACAUAAUGACAAAAAAUUCAAUUUGUCAUAUUAAAUUAUAUGUGAAAGUGUUUUUUCUAGUGUAAGUUUUUAAUUGUUAGUCAUUUGUUCAUAUUACAGGAGAUCACACGGAUAAAUUUAUAAAUGAGAAUUGGCGUGAUAUUAUAAAUGCAAUUCAACUUUCCAUCGACGAUGCUUAUUCUAUUCUAACUAAACAUUUAAUUCAACAAUUCUUAAACCAUGUGCCCGAAAAUCAACUUUUAAUAGAAUGCAUUUGAAUUUUGUUUGUGUGUUUUAAUAUUUCUUACAUGGCUUUAUUAUUAUGUAGGUAUACUGAAAAAUAUUAAUAAUUAUUGUUCGGG